AUGGCUGCAAAAUUUGUCGAUAUCGGUCAACAACACCCUACGCAACGUUUUUCGGAUCUAGUGGGAGAACCUUGUCGAAUGUUGAUGCCUAUAGAAGGCUAUGAGAAAAUGCCUCUUGUUACACUAGAAGAGGCUGUAGAACCCAUUGUUGAAUAUGUACCUGAUGUGCGACGAAGAGCCUCCUUUGCGAAAAGGAAAUGUGCAGAGCGUUCACCCGGAAAACUAUCCAUGGACGAAGCAGCCUCGAUUACUCUCUACUCAAUGGAAUGGGAGCCUCAAGUCGAGUGUCUUUAUCAUGUUUUAAAUAAAACUUUACGAAAUGAAAAGCGCCAAAAAUUGAAACCUUGGUUUCUUUUUCUUAAAUUAAUUCUUACUGCGCUGGCUAAAAUCCCAUCCAGCCUUUCAUUUGUUUAUCGUGGUGUCAAACAAGACAUGAGAAAAGAAUAUCCCGAAGGAAAAACAUUUGUUUGGUGGGGAUUCAGCUCUUGUACAUCGAAAUUCAGUGUACUCCAAAAUGAACAAUUUUUGGGUACGACAGGUCCAAGAACUCUAUUUACAAUCGAAUGCGAUAGUGGCAAAGAUAUUCGAAAAUAUUCUUUUUUUCAAGCUGAAGAUGAAAUUCUUCUUCCAGCUGCAAGACAAUUUAAAGUUGUGGCAUGCCUCAGCCAAGGUAAAGAUCUUUAUAUGGUACAACUUAAAGAAAUUCAACCACAAUUUUCUCUAAUUGAACUGGUACCACAACCAUCACGAUUACCAGUACCAACACCAUCAACAGUUAAUAUUUCUGCUAAUGCCACGUGGACACAGAACGGAGUGACUGUUGCUGGAGGUAACGAGGAUGGGGAUACUACUAAUCAACUCUACUCCCCUCGAGGUCUCUUUGUUAAUGAUGAUCAAACAGUGAUCAUAGCUGACACGUCGAAUUAUCGUAUCACCCAAUGGAAGAACGGUGAUACAACGAAUGGACAAGUUGUUGCUGGUGGCAACGGCGCAGGAAAUGGAUUACAUCAAUUGAAUUGGCCAAUUGAUGUAUUAAUUGACAAAGAGACGGAUAGUCUCAUUAUUUGUGAUCAAUGGAAUCGACGGGUUGUACAAUGGUCUCGUCGUAGUGAUACAACACAAGGAGAAAUCCUCAUCAGCAACAUCCAAUGUUAUGGAUUAGCAAUGGAUGAACAGAGAGAUCUCUACGUUUCUGACACCGAAAAACAUGAAGUAAGACGAUAUCAAUUUGGUGAGAAGAAUGUCACUCUCGUAGCUGGUGGUAAUGGCAAAGGUGAUGGUCUUAAUCAACUCAACGUGCCGACAUAUCUCUUUGUCGAUCGAGAUCAUUCAGUGUACGUAUCAGACUACUACAAUCAUCGUGUGAUGAAAUGGGUGGAAGGUGCAAAAGAAGGUAUUGUGGUCGCUGGAGGGCAAGGCAAAGGGAAUGCUCCGACAAAGUUGUAUUAUCCUAAUGGACUCUUCGUUGAUACGUUGGGUACACUCUAUGUAGCAGACUCGCACAAUAAUCGUGUAAUGCGUUGGACUCAAGGAGACGAGAUACAAGGCGCUGUAAUUGUGGGUGGAAAUGGCGAAGGAAAAGGAGCAAAUCAAUUCAACUUCCCCAUUGGUUUGUGUUGCGAUCGACAAGGUAAUCUCUAUGUCGCCGAUGCAGGUAAUAAUCGUGUUCAACGAUUUUCUAUCGAAUAA